AUGAUUUUGGUUUAUUUUUUAUUUUUACUAAAUAAUAUUAAUAAUGUUUUAUCUUCAAAUAAAUGUUUUCAAUGUGCCAGUGAACAUAUGAUAAUUUAUUGGGAAAGGUAUAUGCCUAUACAAAAUGGAAUGUCAGGGCAGGCAGAUAAUAAAUGUAAAAAUGACUUAGCAAAGCAUGAAAUUGUCACUUGUGAUGGACCAUGUCUAAUAUUAAAUGCCACAGGAAUUGAUAGAAAAGGAAAAAUUGUUUCAUAUGGUAUUUUAAGAGAUUGCCAAACAACAUAUUGGAAGAAUAAAAUAGAUGUUGAAGAUGAAAGAUUGUGUAAAAUUCAUAAUAAAAGAGUUAAUGGAAUUAAUAUGAAAGCAGAGUAUUGUUUCUGUAAUGGGCAUUAUUGUAAUGGAAUGAAAGAUUAUAUAACUGAAAAUCCUGUAGCAUUUAAAAAAAAAUCACACCAACGUCAUUCAUAUAUUCGAUCUUCAUCAUUUAAAAAUUCUAAAACAAUAUUUAUAAACAUUAUCAUUUUCAUGGUAAUAAUAUUCAUUGAAAUAUAUUUUAAUGGUAUCAUUUAG